CAUGUAACGCCUCCUCAUCCCUCUCUCUCGACUUUCCGAGAAAAGAUUCUAACGGCGUGAAAUCAGAAAUUGAUAACAGAAGUUGAGAUCGUUAAUUCAUCGUUUCGACUUUCGAUCUGCUGUUUGUCGUAGUUGUGUUUGUGAUUCAGUUAAUCUCUGAUUAAAACUCUAUUGAAGAUCGAAGAAGAGUUCGAAACAGAGAUGGCUCCUCAAAAUGUUGGAAUUCUCGCCAUGGAAAUCUACUUCCCUCCUACUUGUAUCAAACAGGAUACCCUAGAAGAUUUUGAUGGAGUUAGUAAAGGAAAAUACACCAUUGGACUCGGACAAGAUUGCAUGGCAUUUUGUUCAGAGGUUGAAGAUGUCAUCUCUAUGGGAUUGACAGCUGUCACAUCACUACUAGAGAAGUAUGAAAUCGACCCAAAACAAAUCGGUCGCCUUGAAGUCGGUAGUGAAACUGUCAUAGACAAGAGCAAAUCCAUCAAGACCUUCCUGAUGCAAAUCUUUGAGGAAUGUGGAAACACAGACAUUGAAGGUGUGGAUUCAACCAACGCGUGCUAUGGUGGAACUGCAGCAUUAUUCAACUUGCAGUUUAUGCUGAGGGGGGCUGCCCGACCAACAGGAGGGGCAGGUGCUGUUGCCAUGCUGAUUGGACCCGAUGCACCAAUUGCAUUUGAAAGCAAAUUUAGGGGAUACUGUCAAAAGUAUGAGAAACUUCAAGGGAAACAAUUUUCAAUGGCGGAUGCUGAUUAUUUUGUGUUUCACAGUCCGUAUAACAAGCUUGUACAGAAGAGUUUUGCUCGUUUGGUGUUCGAUGAUGUUGCCAGAAAUGUCAGCUCUGUUGAUGAGUCUGCUAAAGAGAAGUUAGGUCAAUUCACGUCUCUAAAGGGCGACGAGAGCUACCAAAGCCGUGAUCUUGAAAAGGCAGCCCAGCAAGUGGCGAAACCAGAUUAUGAUAAAAAAGUGAAGCCAGCAACUUUGAUCCCCAAGCAACUGGGAAACAUGUACACUGCAUCUAUUUAUGCUGCUUUUGCUUCACUCAUUCACAACAAGAGUGACUCUCUGGAUGGAAACCGUGUAAUGAUGUUCUCAUACGGGAGUGGAUUAUCCGCUACAAUGUUUUCGCUACAUCUUAGUGAGGGAAAAGCACCUUUUAGUUUAUCAAACAUCGCAAAGGUCCUGAACAUUGACCAUAAGUUAAAGACCAGGACAGAGGUUGUUCCGGAAAAAUUUGUCGAAUUGAUGCACUUGAUGGAGCACAGAUAUGGUGGGAAGGACUUUGUGACAAGCAAGGACACUAGCCAUUUGGCUCCGGGCACUUACUAUUUGACUGAAGUUGACUCCAAAUACAGGAGAUUUUAUGCCAAGAAGACAACCGAGUUGGCUAAUGGUCACUGAAGAGUGAGAACCGGUGAGUCGACACGGAGUCAGUUAUUAUUUAAAGCUUUUAGCUCUACAAGUAUGGUUUUGGUAAGGGGUGAUGUUGUAAGAGCACAUAAUAAUCUGCUUCUUUUUAUUUAAGUUUGAAACUUGAGAACUAAUGUCAAUUCUUAAGGAAUGUAUUUUUAAUCUAUCUUAUUAAU